AUGGCUGCUCCUACGGACAAGAAAGACCUCUAUGGCUCCACAGAGCUGCUUGCGGUCGAGCCCCAAGUAGCGCCGGGUGGUCCAUCUCCACCAAGUCCGCAAUAUGAGAACCCCUCUCUUCCAAAUGACCCUGAGGUGCUACCGCAGUACACCGAACGCGCCUUCGAAGGCGCGUAUGUCCCUACAGGAGGAGAAGAGCAACCUCCGCAUUUCACGCCGUACGAGGCCGAGUUCUUCCUCUCUGGGGGGGAAAUCGUCUCGCACGAUCCGCACCUGAACCAAGAUGGCGAAGCACUGUAUCGUUUCCUUCUGGCAAAAGCCGCCGCGUUCCCCGAUUACAAGAUUCAUGCUCGUGGAACACACACAGAACAUAAGACACGCACGGUGUAUAGCAAGGAUCAGAAUGGGAACUACAGCACUAAGAUCGAGAAUUACAGCGAAACCGUGACCGACUUCGACUUCUACAUCGACCUUACGCCUCAAAUCGUCCAUGGACCUGUCCAUUGGAGCUUGCCCGACGCUGAGCCUGCAUAUCGAGGCGAGAUGUACAUGCAGAUGGACUCGAACGAUCUAGCAAUACACGAUCCCGAAGUCGCGCUUCCGCCUGGUCGCCGUAAGGCAACGAAGGCUGAGCUGAAGGCUGCGAAAGGGAGGAAGGAGCUUCGGAAGGAGUAUGGACUUCCUCCGUGGGUCGCACCUGAUCCCGAAUCGUGGUUCCAGCAGUCAGGUGCACCACCACGGCCCGCUGUUGUGCUUCAGUCAUCCAAGACUUUGCGGGAGUGGGCAGAUGAAUACUGCGCGAGCGAUAAGUUGCUGAAGGAGUUCACGUAUACCAAGGUCGUAUACGGUUGGAAUAUCUCCAAUUUAGAAGAGGCCAUCACCGCAGCCAUACGCUCGGUCUACAGUCACACCAUCCAGCUCUCCUUCGACAUUUCUAAUCACAAGAUCCGGAUCCGCCCAGACAACAGGCUAUCUCGCACGCUCUCCAACAAGUGGCUCAAAUUCCUGCUUUGGAUCCUCCUCAUCUACCCCUUCAUCUGGCUCUACAAGCGUUUCAGUGCCCAUGGGGGAGGGCGAUGGGAAGUCUGUGGUGGGGCGUACGCGCUCAAGACGUGGCAUAUGCACCCUCAGGGGACCUCGGGUCCCCCUCCCAACGUCAACAGACUAUGGCAGCAGACUCCAAACGGCUGGGCAUAUCUCGUCGGAGACAGGGAGGGCGAGUGGUUCCAGCGGUGGGAGGGGAGGAUUAGGGCAGCGGUCCGGGAUCGGAUACAGUCGAGGACUCCCCUCGAGCUCGUGGCCCAUGCCGCUACAAGGUUGGACGGGUAUCGGCCGCAGUACGUGGGCCCUCCGCCGCCAGAGUACUGAUAGACUCGCCUCUACUGUACCGGGGUUGCUACGCGUCAUCGGAGUACUUUCCAGUUUGCUUGCCGUCUAUGAUGACGACAUCCAGGCUCGCUAUUCAUUCGCCAUCCUACCCAAGGUUUUCAACAGCCCGUCUCUAUUCAUUCCCAUGAUGUGACCUGGGAAUGCUUAUAUCAUGGGCGCGUCUAUCUAUUGGUUCUGGAUGUACUGGUACCGCCGCAGUUCAUUGACAAUCGUCAGAACUUGACCUUCUU